AUGACCCGCGGUAAUCAUCAAGAACUUGUCUACCAGGACAUGAGGAAGCAGAGCGACUCAGUUAAGAGAAAUCACCAAGAUGAUGGGCUUUCUGCUGCCACCGGCAAGCAGAGGGACUCAGAGAUCAUGCAGCAGAAGCAGAACAAGGCAAACGAGAAGGAGGGAUGGAAGUAG